CAGUCUAGUACUGAAGUCUGAAGUAGGAGAUCUACUCAUCACUGACAUCAGUAGAACAUCACCAAAACACAGAACAGUCGCGAGUCCGGUAGUCUGUAGUCUGUAGGAUAAGACUGAAUGUUUGCUUGAACUAACGUGUUACUUGAAGACAUGUAAACAGCGGUGAGAUCACCAGACGCUAGUAGUAGCAGAGAAUCGGUGGCGAAGGAAAAAUCUCUGCGACUGUUGAGCAGCGCAGCGCACCGCACAGUCUCCUGCAUGCUAAUAUCAUGUCUGAGGAAGAAGAAGAAGACCCACAAUUAGCCAGUCCUGGAAAUCACGAGAUCAUCGUCAUAGCCGCACUGAGAGGCGGGAAGAAGUCACACUCAUUGACAGUGACCUCUCCAUUGUCGACAUCAUGGCCAGAAAUUCAGCAGCAACUGGUGACAGCGUUCGAUGUAGAAAAGGAUCAUGUGGCAUUCACAUACAGCAUAGAUCCAGAGUUCCUAGCUCGCCCCAGCCUGUACACGUUCCAAUGCUUUGGUCUGACGUUCGAGACAGAUUGGAGAGCGGCGACGGUCACAGCAGUUAGCAUUCCCGAACGAUGUCUUUACGUGCUAGUGGAGGAGCUGAGACCAGCCACGGAUCUUAUUGCAUCCAUGAGGAGGUUUUCAGUAAGGGCGGAGACAGAUGGUGGUCAUCGCGGUGGUGCACGGCCCAGAAGGUUUGAACGUGCCAACUCUAGCUCCACGUGGGAAUUCCUUGACGCCGACACGGCCGGUGUUCGGCAACUCUGGAAGCUGCUACCAUCGCUGAAAGUAGUGCCAUUUGCAUCGCUGCUAUUGUGGCAUGAGUCUAUGAAGAGUGACCAGUUGAACACAUGGUUCAGUUCUAUUGCAAAUAGUGUUCCGUUUCAAGAGUUUGAGUGGCCAACAUACUUGGACAAGAAGAGACGGCUGGUCCGUGAGCCCGAGCUGCGGCUUCGAGUCUUCUAUGGCGGUGUUUGCCCUGAACUGCGUCGCACUCUGUGGAGACACCUUCUGUACGUCUUCCCGCCAAAGCUGACCUGGAAGGAGCGCUACGAGUACUUGGAGGCGCAGAGAGCCGACUAUGCGCGCUUGAAAUCAGCAUGGCAGUCCACAAUCGAUGAGCAACCACCCGAGGUGCAGUCGGUCCUCACGAGCAUUCGCCACGAUGUUAUUCGCACGGACCGCGAACGCACAUCCUUUGCCAGUGCAAGCAGUCCCAACCUGGAGAGUCUCUACAACAUUCUGGUCACCUACGUCCUGUCCAAUCCCGAAGCGACGUACGUUCAGGGUAUGAAUGAGUUUGCCGCCGUAUUUCUUGAGGUCUACUCUGGCUCGGGUCAGCAUUGCGAAGCCGAUGCAUACUGUUGCUAUGCAGCCUUUCUGAGGCUAGUGCCGGCUCUGUUUGAUAUGCAAGGCCUUGCUCUCAAGUUCUCGCACUUCCAUGCUUUGCUGGAGCGGUAUGACGCCACUCUUUUCGAGCACUUGCAGCGCAACAACUGCACAAGCCUGAUUUUCUGCUCACCGUGGCUUCUCGUGAACUUGAAGCGUGAGUUCUGCCACGAAGAUGUGUUGCUCUUGUGGGAGGUGAUGUGGAGUACGCUAGCGCCUCCCGACACGUACAUGAAAAAGUUGGAUGAUAAGCGCCGUCGUCAGCUAAAGCCUUGUGGCGGUGGCGGCGACAGCACCAGCAGUGCACCCGACCAGGAAGAAUUAUUUGAGCACCCGGCAAGGGAAGUAGAGGGUGCUUGGCUUCGUGCCAGCCAGAUCGAAGAUGGUACGCCUGCAGAGAUGCUCUCGUCGGGCGAUCUUCCCCCAGCAAUUAACUCGCUAGCACUGGCAGAGGCAAGGCAUGCCCCUGAAGAAGAGCAUGCAGCGGAAGCAGCAGCAGCAACAGCAGCAGAAGAGGCGGAUGACGUGUUCAUGGCUGUGUCGCCAUUCAACAUUGCUAUCUCAGACAGGAUUGGUCUGCAGAGAAACUAUGGCAACCUGUUAGUCCUGUUCAUCUCCGUGGCAAUGGUGAGUAACAGCCGUGAGGACCUGCUGAGCACUGUACCGUCUGAGGAAAGCCUAGCUAUACACUUCAGUCAGAAGAAAGGGCUACAUGACGUGCAAGCUAUGCUAACGCAAGCCCGCCACUUAAUGGAAGACUUCAUAGCGCGGAAUGAUGAGAAGUUUUUUGUUGAGGGCUAGCAUAUUGUUGCAUGUGCUUCUUGAUUUCUUACUAGGAAGUACGCCUCUUUGCAGAAAGCUUUCUUCAAGCUUCCACUGUAUUUUUUCUCAAACACACCAGAUCGACAUUUUCAACCCCAACAGUCGAAAUUUUAGUAAUUCCUAAAGCCGGGACCAAUGUUUCCUGGCGAAUUUCCUCUUCAGCCGACUUGAAAGAUUUUUGGCAUUCAUUAUUUAAUUUCUGCAACCAAGUAUUUAUCUGGACGGUAUCACAUCAAAGAUGACGACCCCUUGAGACCAUUGCAAUAGACUGUGACAGGCAGUACUGCAACCUAAUAAACUGUAGUGUUAACAUGGCGGUAACCGGCUAUGUUAUUGUUUCGUCAAUGCAUCUGAGUGAGCCGAUGCUUACGGGUUAGCCAAAAACAUAUUCGCACGUUUCUUGUGAACAG